UAGAUGACUAUAUGGAUUUAGUAUAUAAACUAGCUUUAUCUGAGGAUAUAGAUGAAACUGAUAAAACCAGUAAAACUGAUGAAACUGGUGAAACUAAUAGUAGUACUGAUAGCAAUAUUGAAGAUUUAGAAGCUAGUUCUAAUAAUUACUGUG